AUGUCCAAAAACCAAGCGCAGACAGCGGAGAUGGAGGAGAGGCGGACUGCAGCGGAGUCUGAGGAGGACCUGAGCCGCCCCAAACAGGAGGACCAGAGGACAACCGUGCUGCUCCAGGCGGGUGUUCAGACGAGUCCCUCAUGGAAUCCUGGGCCCGGUCUGGACCAUUGUCCGAACCAGGGUCUGAUCCAGGCUGUGAAGCAGGAAAUCCCAGAUACUUUACAGAUUAAAGAGGAGCCAGAGGAACAGGGCGUGAAACAGGAGGAAGAGCCGCUGCCAGUGUGUGUCCCAGAGUAUUUCACAGUUUCUGUGAAGUCAGAAGAACAAACUGAGCCCAAAGAGGAGACAAAAGGAGUGGACAUCAGCACAGAACCACAGUUACACACAGAGACUGAGGGGGACACAGAACACUCCUCUGACAAUGACAAUGAUGAAGACUGGAGAGCUCCAUUCAGCUGUUCAGAUAGUGAAGACCACAAUAACCAAGGCCCAGCAACACAAAACUCAGGUCUAUCCUCCAAACACAAGUCUGCUCCAGAGACCAAUGCCACUGUGAACAAUGGAGACAAGUCAGGAACAGCCGAAGGAGCUGAAAGCAAGACACACCAAUGCCCUUUUUGUAAAAAGGGAAUAAAAGGGACGAAACAGAGUUUACUUAGACACAUUAGAAUCCACACAGGAGAGAGACCUUACAGCUGUCCAACCUGCAAUAAGACAUUUACCACCAAGUCUCAGCUCCGUGUUCAUAUAAGAACGCACACAGGAGAGAAACCUUACAGCUGCUCAGACUGUAACAAAACAUUUACGCAGGUGGGUGCUCUGAAAGCUCACAAAAGAACACACACAGGUGAAAAACCAUUCAGCUGUUCCAUCUGUAAGAAAGAAUUUAGUGAAGUCACUGGACUGAAACGCCACAUGAAUCAGCACACUGGGGAGAAACCAUUCAGCUGUUCAACCUGUGAUAAAACUUUUUCCACCAAGUUUAAUCUACAUGUUCAUAUAAGAACGCACACAGGAGAGAAACCUUACAGCUGUACAACCUGCAAUAAUGCAUUUUCCACAAAGUCUGAUCUAUGUGCACAUGAACGAUCACACACUGGAGAGAGACCUUACAGCUGUUCAGACUGUGACAAAACAUUUUCAUACAUUGGGUCUCUGAAUACUCAUAGAAAAACACAUACAGGCGAAAAACCAUUCAGUUGUUCAACCUGUAAUAAGACAUUUUCCUGUAAAUCUAAUCUACUUUCACAUACAAGAAAGCACACAGGAGAGAAACCUUACAGCUGUUCAACUUGUAACAAAACAUUUUCCCACCUGGGUACUUUAAACGCUCACAGCAGAACGCAUACAGGUGAAAAACCAUUCAGCUGUUCCAUAUGUAAGAAAGAAUUCCCCCAGCCCUUUGCACUGAAACGCCAUAUGGUGCUGCACACGGGGGAGAAACCCUUCAGCUGUUCAAUCUGUAAUAAAACAUUUGCCCGAAAGUGUAAUCUAAAUCGACAUAGAACAAUCCAUAACUGGUUUUCCACGGACAGCAUCGCCAGCGCGUUCAGUCCGUCCUGGUUGGUGGAGUUUGUGAGGAACGAUUUGACCCUUUUCAAAGCGGAGCAGCGCCUCUCCGCCUCCGCAGUGGUCAUGGGCAUCGUGAUCACCAUUUUCAACAGUUCGACAGUUUCCGGAAAAACGUCUAAUAAAUCGUUCUGGAUGACACCGAGCUCGAUCUUCAGUCUGGUGGCGUUGAGGGUGGGGAAGGCCUUUAAGAUGGAGUUCAGAGCCUGCUCCGCACUGAAUCAGGUCCUGCUUAUGCUCAAACACAGUGUUGACGGCCGGAAAAUCCCAUCGGAUGCGGUCGGACGUCUGCAACCUUUGGAGCACCAAUUCAGUAAGGACACAGGUGCACUCAGGAGAAGUGGCAAAAAAGAGUUCAAAUCGAUCAAGCACAUGGGCUCCAUCGUACGACUGGGAGAUGAGUUUGUCUUUCUGAUUUUCUGGGAGGACGGUUGUGAGCUGCUCCUCCAGUGCUACUGCGAUGGACUCAGCGGUGGCAUUUUGCAAUGGGAUGAAAGAAUAAAAACGUUCAUAGACUUGACAAACGUUUUGCAAAAGGUCUUCGCAGGAGAGAAGACACAGAAUUUUCCCUCAAAACCGGUUUCUCUCGCGGACUUUGGAGAGCAGGAGUUUGAGCAGGAGUUUGAGAAGGAGUUUGAGCAGGAGUUUGAGCAGGAUUUUGAGCAGGAGUUUGAGCAGAAGUCUGAGCAGAAGCUUGAGCAGAAGUUUGAGAAAAAACCAGUCCAUGGGAGGUUAUCAGAGCUGCAGCAUAUGAUGUUUAACAAGAAGGAUAUCAGCAGAGCCUUCGUGUUCAUCUUCAUCACUCACGUGUCCUUGAUGAACUGCAGCCAAAUGAGGGAGCCUGGAUCAGACCCUGGUUCGGACAAUGGUCCAGACCGGGCCCAGGAUUCCAUGAGGGACUCGUCUGAACAGCCACCUCGAGCAGCACGGUUGUCCUCUGGUCCUCCUGUUUGGGGCGGCUCAGGUCCUCCUCAGACUCCGCUGCAGUCCGCCUCUCCUCCAUCUCCGCUUCUGUUGGUGCCAAUGGCAACCCCAAAGAAGCGGCCGCUCCCCAAACCUUUUCUCGAUGGCUUCUUUCUCACAGACACAGAGAAGAGCCUGAAAGUGGAGUCCUCAUUGAGUCCUGGGCCAGGUCUGAACCAGGGUCUGAACCAACGUGUGAAGCAGGAAAUCCCAGAGACGUCACAGAUUAAAGAGGAGCCAGAGGAAGCAAGCGUCAAACAGGAGGAAGAGCAGCUGCCAGUGUGUGUCCCAGAGUAUUUUGCGGUUUGUGUGAAGGCAGAAGAACAAUCUGAGCCCAAAGAGGAGACACAAGGAGAGGACAUCAGCACAGAACCACAGUUCCACACAGAGACUGAGGGGGACACAGAGCACUCCUCUGACAAUGACAAUGACAACAACAAUAACAAUAACAAUGACGAAGACUGCGAAGUUCCAUUCAUCUGUUCAGAUGAUGAAGACCACAACAACCAAGACCAAGCAACACAAAACUCUGGUCUAUCCCUUGAAUACAAGUCUGCACCAGAGUCCAGUGCCACUGUGAAACAUGGAGACAAGUCAGGAUCAGCCGAAGGAGCUGAUGGCAAGACACAACAGUGCCCUUUUUGUGCAAAGACAAUAAAAGGGACUAAACAGAGUUUAGAAAGACACAUCAGAAUUCACACAGGAGAGAGACCUUUCAGCUGUUCAAUCUGUAAUAAGACAUUUUCAACAAAAUAUGAUUUAAAUGUACAUAUAAGAUCACAUACAGGAGAGAAACCUUACAGCUGUUCAACCUGUAACAAAACAUUUACCACCAUUGGUUCACUAAAUGCUCACAGAAGAACCCACACAGGGGAAAAACCAUUCAGCUGUUCUUUCUGUAAGAGAGAGUUUAACCAAGUGGGUGGACUGAAUCGCCACAUGAGACUGCACACUGGUGAGAAAUUCAGCUGUCCCAUCUGUGAGAAAGAAUACACCCAACUGAUCGGACUGAAGCGCCAUAUGAGUGUGCACACAGGGGAGAACACAUUCAGCUGUUCAACCUGCAAUAAGACAUUUCCCACUGAAUCUAGUCUUAGUUUACAUGUAAGAACGCACACAGGAGAGAAACCUUACAGCUGUAUAAUCUGUAACAAAACAUUUACACAGGUGGGUGCUCUAAACGCUCACAGACGAACGCACACAGGUGAGAAAACAUUCAGCUGUUCCAUCUGUAACAAAGAAUUUGCCCAUUUAUCUGGACUGAACCGCCAUAUGAGACAGCACACAGGGGAGAAACCUUUCAGCUGUUCCAUCUGCAAUAAGACAUUUUCCCAAAUAGGUAAUCUAAACGCUCACAGGCGAACGCAUACAGGUGAAAAACCAUUCAGCUGUUCUAUCUGUAAUAAAGAAUUUGCCAAAGCUGAUGGUCUGAAAUACCAUAUGAGACAGCACACGGGGGAAAAGCCAUUUAGCUGUUCCAUUUGUAAUAAAGCAUUUUCCCACAAGAGUAACCUAAAUACACAUAUAAAAAUUCACAAAACUCUUAUCUCGGAAGACACAUAAACUCCACCAGAAACCAUUCGGCUGUACAGAGCAUGGCUGAAGCUUUACUGUGUUCAUGUUAACACAUUCCAAGUGGCUCUAAGGAUUGUACAUAUCAUUCAAAUAUGACUUCUGUUUUGGUAAACCAUAGGGCUGUAGUCCUGUGCUGCCUUAGUCGACCAAAAUGUGUAUUAGUCGACAAAUUAUUUUUAUUUAGAACGUAAGAACAUAUAUGCACAACAGCAGAAAGGAGAAAUCUUGUGUUUAAUCUGCCUUUUUCCACAAAUACCCUUAUUCCUAGUCAUUUUUUGUAUAAAUAAUUGUUUUUGCAUGAACUCACAUGCAGAUGAAGUAUUUUGAUCAAAUGACCAUUUGAAAUCGUUCCAUUAUAGAAAACCACAAUGGGAAUCAAUCCAUUGUGUUGCAUCUAAACAAAUGCAUAGGUGCCUUCUUUGCAUAAUUAUCAAUGAAUUAUACAAAUUAACGGUUUGUAAAAAUGACCAGCUCUAUGACAAUAAAUAAAUACAUGUUAAAACUUAAAAUAAUACGUUUGUCAUUUUGUUCUCACUGUACUUCAAGGUUCUAAAUGAAUAAGAUGAUACAGCAAGCAGUACUGGUAGAUAGAGACAUGCACAUCCAAACAAAAACUGCGACUGUGUGCUGGUCCAAAGACAAUAACAGUACAAAA